AUGAAAAUUAUUGCAAAAAAACAUUUUACACAUUUUGGUCCACAAGCUCAUAUAUUCAAUCAAAAUAUAAAAACUGAAUGUUCAAUUUUACAAGGAUUAGAUCAUCCAUGUAUAAUUCAUAUACAUGAAGUUAUUGAUACACCUGAAGCACUUUAUAUUAUUCUUGAAUUAGUUGAUGGCGGAGAAUUAUUUGAUCGUAUUGUUGCACAUGGUCAAUUUGAUGAAGCAACAAGUAAAUUUCUUUUUCGACAAAUGUGUAUUGGUGUUAAAUAUUUACAUAGUCGUUCAAUAACACAUCGUGAUUUAAAGCCAGAAAAUAUUCUAUUAACAUCACCAGAUACAAAUGAAGCAUUAAUUAAAAUAACUGAUUUUGGUUUAUCAAGAUUUAUUAAUGAAACAAGUUUAAUGAAAACAUUUUGUGGUACACCGAAUUAUCUUGCUCCAGAAAUUUUAGUAACUCGUGGGGAAGGAAGUUAUACAAAUAAAGUUGAUGUAUGGAGUUUAGGUGUUAUUUUAUAUAUUUGUUUAGUUGGUUAUCCACCAUUUAGUGAAUCGCCUGAUUCUCCUCCAUUAAAUGAACAAAUUCUUAAAGGUCUGUAUACAUUUCCCGAUGAGUUUUGGUCUGAAGUUUCUGCAGCAGCUAAAGAUCUUAUACGUCAAAUGAUGUGUGUUGAUCCGAAUACACGAUUAACAAUUGCUGGUGUACUUCAACAUCCAUGGUUAGCAGAUGAUCAUGACAAUACUGCUCGAGUAGAGAAAAUCAUAUUUUCAGCAUCUCAACCUCUUAAAAGUCUUAAACGUCCUGCAUGUGAUGAAGAUACUGCGAUGGAUCAAGGUGAAACAACAUCGUCAACUGAAAGUAAUUUCAAUGGACGAGCUAAACGAGUUAAAUAUUAA